CCGAGGCCGUCCCGUCGAGGCUGCAGGAGCGCGGAGCGGCCACACGAUGGCAGCAGCCGCUGCCGCCUCCCCUCCGGGGCCUCCCCCUCCCGCCGCCGCCGCCGCCGCCCUGGACGCUCUGCUCCGCUCCCUGCAGCGCCCCGGCCCCGGCCGCGGCCCCGGGACCCUCCUGCAGCCACCGAGGUCGGGUCGGGCAGCGCAGGGGGGACCCCAGCCCCGGCUCAGCCCCCGCAGCUGGGACCCUCCUGCUGCCCCCUUCUGGACGAUGGCGACACCGCAGCGCUUCGGCCGCCGCCGCUGAGCCUCUGUCCGUCUGUCCGUCCGGCCCCAUGGCCGCAGGAGCCAGCUGGCUGCAGAGCCCUCCCCGAGCCCACCUCUGCCUCUGUCCCCCAAUAAACCGCUGCCACCCCCC